AUGGCGGAAAGGGAAUGUGGUUUCGCUCCCCUGGUGUUCAGACUGCACGGAGGAGCUCCACAGGUGGUACGUGAGGUGCUGUUGGAGCGCGGCUGGGAUGAGUAUGAUGAAGAGGAGCAGGAGGAAGGAGACUGGAACCUCUACUGGAGAGCCUCUGGCUUCCGUAAGUCCGACUACGAAAACAUCCUGCCAUGGCAGAGACUGAACCACCAUCCCAAAAUGAGCCAGAUUACACGCAAGGACUGUCUGGCACGACACAUGAGAAGAAUGAAGAUUGCUUUCGGCACAGCCCUGUACGACUUCAGCCCUGCUGCCUUCAUAUUGCCAAACGAAUACACAAAGUUUCUAGGGGUGUACACUAGGAAUCGCAUGACUGACAGAGGGAAGUCCCGCUACUGGAUUUGUAAGCCAGUUGACUUGUCAAGAGGAAGAGGUAUAUUUCUGUUCGAGGAUAUCAAGGACUUGGUCUACGACUCUUCGGUAAUUGUGCAGAGAUACAUCAGCAACCCGCUUCUCAUUUCAGGCUACAAGUUUGAUCUACGCAUUUACGUUUGCGUAAAAAGUUUCUCUCCUCUUGUGAUUUACAUGCACCAGGAAGGCCUAGUGCGUUUCGCGACAGAAAAGUACACCCUUGCUUCUUUAGAGAGCCUGUACUCUCAUUUGACGAAUACCAGCAUUAAUAAGUUUGGAAUGUGCUACGCCACGGACAAAGAGCGAGUGGGUCGAGGAUGCAAGUGGACCAUGAGCAGAUUCCGCAGUUUUCUUCACAAACAAGAUAUCAACGAACUUCUGCUGUGGCACAGGAUCAGCAAUAUCGUUACGUUGACUCUGCUCACAGCCGUUCCUUGCGUUCCUUCCAACCCCAACUGUCUAGAACUGUUGGGGUUUGACAUCCUCAUUGACGCCAGCUACAAACCGUGGCUUCUAGAGGUCAACUACAGUCCUGCACUUCCAUUGGACUGCCCUGCUGAUGUAAGUGUCAAGAAAGGGCUGAUCAGUGAUAUCAUUGACCUGAUGAACUACAGGAUGGUUGAUAGUUUCAGACAGAAGGGAUACUGCAGGCAGAGAUCGGGUAGCCGGUAUUUACGGCCAAAAAUCUCUCAAGGGGUUUUGUUGCCCAAGACUUUACAUGCAACUCCAUUAGGCAACAAAAACAGGAAUCAGUCUAUCUCAAACUCUUCAAGUUCUCAAGACACUUCUGUAAAUGUUUGUGCUAGUAAUGACAUCGGUUAUGUUACUUGGCCCAUUCACUCCAAUUCGAAAUCUAUUGGACAUGAAAAGGCUCCUCAGAAGUUUGAGGACAUUAACGACGAGGUGGAAUCCGAUGGCCUGAAACUCACAACAUUUAACAGCACGAGGCAAUCGCACAGAAAUGCACCAUCUACCGUAUGCAAGUUACCAUCUCUUCACGUACAUAAACUCAAAUCUCCAGCCGUCCCAUGGAACAGCAUGACUCAAGACAGAGGCAUCCCUCCUUGUCGCGUUGGGGACUUCAUACUGACGUUUCCCUUUAAUGAGGCUACGUGGAAAGCCUCUCAGGACCAAGCGGAUGUUAAGGCUAUUGUGAACGAGGUUCAUAAACUCACAAACCGACUGGCAUCUUCCUUUAGUGAAAAAGAGAGGAAGAAGAUGGAAAGCGGUCAGAGCAUUGGUGUCAGGGACAAAUUUGAGCCUCUGCUUUGGGGGCCGAAAGACCCACCUCUUCUCAGCAAAUGCUGCUCCUUGAAUUCAGAAGUCAAGUAA